AUGGCGCCGAAUAAUACCAGCCCGCUAUUCGCGUCAGGGCGACCUUCUUCCUCGAAUUCCGAGGAAAGAGCUGCUGCCGAAGACGAUGCCCUUCUUGGUAAUCGACGAAAGAGUUCCUAUGAAGCGAAGAGACCUGGAUUCUGGCGAGAGAUCGGGCUCUUUACUUGGGCUGUUGUCGCUACUGCUGCUGUCAUCGUACUGGGCGUUUUACUAUCGCGAAGCCAACAAUCCCCUAAGAAGACGAAGCAAAAUGGGAAGCGCAAUCUCAUUUUUAUGGUGAGUGAUGGAAUGGGCCCGGCAUCUUUGAGCUUGACGAGAAGCUUCCGACAAUUUCAAGGAGAUUUACCCAUCAAUGAUAUUCUUCAACUCGAUCAACAUUUCAUCGGAUCAUCCCGCACGAGAUCAAGCAGCAGUCUUGUCACAGACAGUGCUGCAGGAGCUACAGCAUUCAGUUGUGGAAGGAAGAGCUAUAACGGUGCUAUUUCUAUGCUGCCAGAUCAUAGCCCUUGCGGGACUGUACUUGAAGCUGCAAAGAGGGCUGGCUACAUAACGGGCUUGGUUGUUACAACAGAUAUAACGGAUGCGACUCCCGCUUGCUUUGCCUCGCACGUUGAUUACCGAUUGCAGGAGGACUCGAUAGCUUUACAGGAGGUUGGCGAGCACCCUCUUGGACAUCGAGUUGUUGAUUUGAUGCUGGGUGGUGGACGCUGUCACUUCUUACCCAAUACAUCAGAAUCGAGUUGCAGAGCUGAUAGUCGUGAUGUCACAAAAUUGGCGCAAGACAAAUAUGGGUGGACUUACAUCGAUACCAGAGAUGACUUCGACAAGUUAAAGCUCGGAAAGAAUGUUAAGCUGCCGUUGUUAGGCCUCUUUUCCGACACUGACGUUCCUUUCGAGCUUGAUAGACGGAACAUGAAUGAUAUCUACCCUUCUCUCGAUGAAAUGGCAAGAACAGCUUUGACCGCACUCGAAGCCGCAACAAAAGACAGCGAUAAAGGAUUCUUCCUUAUGAUCGAGGGUAGUCGAAUUGAUCAUGCUGGCCAUGGCAAUGACCCAGCUGCGCAAGUUCAUGAAGUACUCGCAUACGAUCGAGCUUUCCGAAGUGUCAUUGAUUUCCUGGACGAGAGUGAUACCGAAGGUGCCCUAGUUUCUACUAGUGACCACGAAACCGGGGGUUUAUCUGUUGCCAGACAACUAAAUCCUUCAUACCCACAAUAUUUAUGGUACCCCGAGGUACUAGCAAAUGCUUCCCAUUCUUCAGAAUAUCUUUCUCGAGCUUUACGGGCUCACAUUGCUUCCGAGGCAUCCACCGAAGGAGACGCUGCGUAUAGACGAUUUGUGAAAGAGGAACUCGUUGAGGGGGGCCUCGGAGUAAUGGACGCAAGCGAUGCAGAAAUCGACCUCAUAAUUAGCAACCCGGCUCUUUCCGCUUAUGCAUUUGCUGAUAUCAUCAGCCGCAGAGCACAAAUCGGCUGGUCAACUCAUGGUCACUCUGCCGUUGAUGUUAAUAUUUAUGGUUAUGGUGCUGAUGUCCUCCGUGGAAAUCACGAGAACAUUGAAGUUGGCAAGUUUUUGAGGGAUUAUCUCAGUGUCGACGUUGAUGCAAUCACAACAGAGCUAAACAGCAAGAAGGCUAGUGGUCAAAGUGUCUCAGUCGCUUCAGAGCCUGAUGUUCCGGUUUUCGGACAAUAUGAGGAAAGACUCAAGAAGAACCUGCCACAAUAG